AUGCAAAUUAGAGAAGGGGAAUUCACAUCAACCAUAUAUGGAGCGAUAAAAGAUGAGAAGUAUAAGGAGGCCAUAAAUAUCCUUAACCAACAACUACUGAGUCAUCCAAGCAGCCGAGCUGCACUUUCUCUUCUUGGUUAUUGUUUUUAUCAGUUACAGGAUUUCGUUAGUGCUUCUGACUGUUAUGAGCAGUUAACUCAGCUAUUUCCUGAAGUGGAUGAAUAUAAAUUUUAUUUUGCCCAGUCACUGUAUAAGGCAGAUUUAUUCCAAGCCGCAUUAAAAGCUGCAGCUCAAAUUGAAAAUCCAGAUUUCAAGGAAAAAUUGAUCAAAUUACAAGCUGCUAUACGCUAUGGUGAAGGAGAUUUAGCUGGUUCGCGCAGUUUAGUUGAACAAACCUUUUCUGGUGACCCUGAUUCAAUUAUCAAUCUUGGCUGCUUAUUAUAUCGCGAAGGUGAUUAUCAAAAGGCAUGCCAACAGUUUCAACAAGCAAUGCAAACUGUUGGUUUCCAACCAACACUUGCUUAUAACAUGGCACUGUGUCAUUAUCAGAUGAAACAGUAUGCUCAGUCUUUAAAAUAUAUUGCUGAUGUUAUUGAACGUGGCAUUAGAGAUCACCCGGAACUCGGUGUCGGUAUGACUACAGAAGGCUUGGAAGUACGUAGUGUUGGAAAUACUCUAGCUUUACAUGAAACAGCUUUGAUUGAAACGUUUAACUUAAAGGCAGCUAUUGAAUUCAAUUUAAAAAAUUAUGUAGCUGCAUCCGAAGCUUUAACUGAUAUGCCGCCAAGAUCUGAAGAAGAACUCGAUCAUAUAACACUUCAUAAUCAAGCCUUAAUGAAUAUGGAAACAGAACCGGCAGCAGGUUUUCAAAAAUUACAAUUUUUACUGCAACAAGAAACUUUUCCAUCUGAAACAUUUGCAAAUCUUUUGCUACUGUAUAUAAAAUAUGAAUAUUUUGAUUUAGCUGCUGAUGUAAUGGCUGAGAAUGCAUCAUUAGCCUAUGAAUAUCUGUCACCGGAUUUAUUUGAUUUCAUUGAAGCUGUAAUUCUUCGACAAACAGCACCCCAAGAUGCCUAUAAUCGUCUUGAUCAAAUGGCUGCUAAGCAUACAGAACAGUUGAGACGAUUGACAAAGACAGUUCAAGAAGCCAGACAAGCACAAGACGAUGAAGCAGUGAAACGUGCUGUACACGAAUAUGAUGUAGCCUUAGAAAAUUAUAUUCCUGUGUUAAUGCAACAAGCUAAAAUUUAUUGGGACAUGGAGAAUUAUCAACAGGUUGAGAAAAUAUUCCGUAAAUCUGUUGAAUUUUGUAAUGAUCAUCGUGUAUGGAAGUUGAAUGUCGCCCAUGUGCUAUUUAUGCAAGAAAAUAAAUACAAAGAGGCUAGUGGAUUCUAUGAACCAAUUGUUAAACGACAAUUUGAUAAUCUGUUAAAUAUUAGCGCUGUUAUACUCGCUAAUCUAUGCGUUACAUACAUUAUGACUAGUCAAAAUGAAGAUGCUGAAGAAUUGAUGCGUAAAAUUGAAAAAGAAGAAGAAGCUAUCAGUUAUGAAGACCCGGAUAGAAAAGUAUUUCAUCUGUGUAUUGUUAAUUUAGUCAUCGGGACAUUGUAUUGUGCUAAAGGCAACUAUGAUUUCGGUAUUAGUCGGGUUAUUAAAAGUUUAGAACCAUAUCAGAAAAAACUUGGACCAGAUACAUGGUAUUAUGCUAAACGCUGCUUCUUAUCCUUAAUUGAAAAUUUGUCCAAGCAUAUGAUUCUUAUAAGAGAUGCUGUAUUAAUGGAUUGUAUACAAUUCCUAGAACAUUGUGAAUUAUAUGGACGUGAUAUAAAAGUUGUCAUUGAUCAACCAAUCGAAUCGGUGAAAAUUCAUCCAGGACAAAAUACUGUCACAUAUGAAGCACGUCUGCUGAAAGCACUUUUAUUAGAAUUAAUGCAAAAUUAA